AUAGCACAGGCCUAGUUUAUGAAUAUGCAUGCUGAAGCCUUCGUCGUAGUAGGGUUGGUCGAUGGGCUGUCAGGUGCCGUGAUUUCCCAGCAGCCCGGAUGUAGCGCGCAGUCUCCAGCAUCAGUCCCGGAGAAUAACAUGGCACGGACAACCACAUAACAUCACUCUUCCCGCCUCAACAUUCCCGCGGGAGUGGAGCACAUCGCUGACAGGACAUGUGACGCGCUUCCCGCCGCAGCAGGGUUUUCCAGCUUCUCCAGGAUGUUUGGGAAGAAGAAGAAACGUCUGGAGAUCUCGGCUCCAUCUAACUUCGAGCACCGCGUCCACACCGGCUUCGACCCGCAGCAGCAGAAGUUCACCGGUCUGCCGCAGCAAUGGCACAGUCUUCUGGCCGACACGGCCAACCGGCCCAAGCCCAUGGUGGACCCCUCCUACAUCACCCCCAUGAAGAUAUCUCCCAAGAAAGUCCGGUUGGCUGAAUCACCGUUGCGAAAAACCAUCGUCCGUGGGAGCCGGCCGCCCAAGGACGCCUCCAUCAACGGCCUGCUGGAGGAGUUUGACAGCAUCUCCGUCACCCGCUCCAACUCUCUGAGGAAAGAGAGUCCACCUGGAGCUCAUCAGUCAGGCGGGAGUAAGCCAUCAUCUGCGUCCACGUCCAACGCCGGCGGACCAGAGGAGAACGGCUUCGGACACUAUUAUGGCCGCUUCUCAUGCGACCUGGACAACAGUAAAGACUUCUCGCUAGACCCAUACCGUGACCGAGGUGCCCAUGACAGCGAGUUGGCGGUCGGACGGCACUACCGCUUCUCUCUCAGACAGAGCGGCCAUCCCAUCCGCAGCCACUUCUAUCCCGACGCCAUGCCGCAGAAGUCCUCGGACUACGCCAAGAUGCCACCCGACUACCACGCCUACCUGGAGAGCAAAAUGCGGCUGUCCACCGCUGAGAUGGCCAUGGGCGGCCGCAGGGACUACUACCGUGCCUCUCUGGGCGGAUCCAGUCAGGACUAUCGGGAGCAUCCGCUGGGAACGCCGUCGCGUGUCUCCAUCCACAGCGGACAGAUGAACUAUCCCGACGGAGACUGGGGAUACGGAGCUGGACUGAAAGACGACUACGAAAAGAGGCCCAAGUCCUCUUACAUCAGUCAGACGAGCCCCCAGCCAGCCAUCCGGCAGCGCUCGCGCUCGGGGUCAGGCCUGCAGGAGCCCAGCCAACCGUACGGCAUCAGUGCAUUUAAAGCUGCGCCGCAGGGGCCGUACAGCUCGUACACGUACCCAAGACUGUCCGAGAACACGUCUUCACUCGUCAUGGGCAAGGGCGAGUACGAGCGAGUGGCCCGUGAUGGGAGUCCGCGGGGGUCGGGGCCCGAGACGUACUUACGCGUUCCCCUCAAACUACCUCAGAGCCACGGCAAACCUGUGUACCCGGCCAGUUUCCAGAUCGCUCCGCCCUUCCACUACAAGCCCUCGCCGUCCCCCCCCCCGCCGCCCCAGCCUAGCCCCCCCUACACCCCACAGGGAGCACACUCACAGCCCUCCUCGCCCUUCAUCCCGGGGCCCGGGGCCUAUCCUCCGCCCAGCUGGGGCUCGUCCUCUGAGCAGCCGCCCUGCAGAGUGUCCCACGAACAGUUCCGCGCCGCUCUGCAGCUGGUGGUGAACCCCGGCGACCCGCGCGAGUAUCUGGACAACUUCCUGAAGAUCGGAGAGGGAUCCACGGGCAUCGUGUGCAUCGCCACCGAGAAGCACAGCGGCAAACAGGUGGCUGUGAAGAAGAUGGACCUGAGGAAACAGCAGCGGAGGGAACUUCUGUUCAACGAGGUGGUCAUCAUGAGAGACUACCAUCACGAGAACGUGGUGGACAUGUACAACAGUUAUCUGGUCAGUGAUGAACUCUGGGUAGUGAUGGAGUUCCUUGAGGGCGGAGCCCUGACUGACAUCGUCACUCACACCAGGAUGAAUGAGGAGCAGAUCGCCACGGUCUGUCUGUCGGUGCUGAAGGCUCUGUCUUACCUGCACACACAGGGCGUCAUACACCGAGACAUCAAGAGCGACUCCAUCCUGCUGACCAGCGACGGACGGAUCAAGCUCUCGGAUUUCGGCUUCUGUGCUCAAGUGUCCAAAGAGGUUCCCAAGAGGAAGUCUCUGGUGGGAACGCCGUACUGGAUGGCGCCGGAGGUCAUCUCCAGAUUUCCCUACGGCACUGAGGUGGACAUCUGGUCUCUGGGCAUCAUGGUGAUCGAGAUGGUGGACGGAGAGCCGCCGUACUUCAACGAGCCGCCGCUGCAGGCCAUGAGACGGAUACGAGACAACCUGGCUCCGCAGAUCAAAGACUCACACAAGGUGUCGUCAGUUCUGCGGGUGUUUCUGGACCUGAUGCUGGUGCGAGAGCCGUCCCAGCGAGCCUCGGCACAGGAGCUGCUGCAGCAUCCGUUCCUGAAGCUGUCGGGCCCCCCGUCCUGCAUCGUUCCUCUGAUGCGGCACUACCGACCCCGCUGAGAGCCACUGAGAGAAACGUUUAGAGCAGACUCACACAAGCGCUUUCAUUCAGAACGGAUGGUCUUGGCGGCCUGGAGUCUCACGCCCUCCGCUUCGGUCCGGUCCCGCGCCCAUCAGACGACUUCUUCACUCUCGUCUUCUCACGCUAACUAUGAAGAUGUAUUUUAGAGCAAUUGUAAGUUUAAUUGUACAGUUUUGAUAAACGGCAGUAUUUUUGUUGUGAUGUCACCAUGCUGAAACGGGCAGUAUUACCUAGAACUGAGAGUUUCUGUAAAAUAACAAUAACUAAUAAUAAUAACCUUUCCUACUGUUUAUAUUUAAUUUUUUGAAGAUGGUCAUAAACUGGCUAUUGCAGACAGAUGAAUCUGAAUAUAUUUAUUUAUUCUACGUUUGUAGGUCGUGUCCGCUCACGCCAGAGUUUUCUUUCUGGUUUUCCGUAGUGUGGCCGUUUCACGCUCAUUCUCACGCGCGGCUGAACUCGUCCGAUCUCCAGCAAUAUGAAGCUCUCACCCGUGUCUCAUGGCUCACUGUGAUCUGGAAACACGUGUUUCUGUAGGACUCUUGAGAUCCGCUGUCGCGUUGCUUCUGUACGUGAUCCUGCAUGUGUGUCACUAAGAAUUGCUUUCAAUAAAAACACUGAUGCGUCACACGUCA